AUGCCGGGGGGCGGCGGGGGCGGCGGCGGGGGCGGCGGGGGGUCGGGCGGGGGCGGCUCUCCGCUGCCGCUGCUGCACCCGCGGACGGGCCGGCUGGUGACGGUGUCGCGGGGCGGGCGGAGCGCGGCUCGCUCGCAGCCCGGGCAGGAGUUCAACCACGGGCUGGUGCUCAGCCGGGAGCCCCUCGCCCCCGGGGCCCUCUUCACCGUCCGCAUCGACCGCAAGGUCAACUCCUGGAGCGGCUCCUUGGAGAUCGGGGUGACGGCCCUGGACCCCAGCCACCUGGACUUCCCCAGCAGCGCCACCGGCCUCAAGGGGGGCUCCUGGAUCAUCUCGGGCUGCUCCGUCCUGCGCGAUGGGCGCUCCAUCCUGGAGGAAUACGGGCAGGACCUGGAUCAGUUGGGUGAAGGCGACCGGGUCGGCAUCCAGCGGACGGCCAACGGGGAGUUGCGCCUCUGGGUCAACGGACAGGACUGCGGCGUGGCGGCCACUGGCAUCCCACCCCGGGUCUGGGCGGUGGUCGACUUGUACGGCAAGUGCACCCAGAUCACGGUGGUGCCGGGAAACGUGGAGGAAGCAGAAGAGGGAGCCUCCCGCGAUGAAGCCCUCGAAGCGCCUUGCAACCAGAGUCGGCCGGAUAAAUUUCCCAGCAGCCUGGAAUCGGAGAACGGCUUCUCCAGCAUGGAGCUCUCGGAGGUGGUCAGCAACGCCAUCCUGUCGGCCUACAACGGGAGCCUCCUGAACGUCAACCUGGGCAGCCCCCCCUCAGACUCUCCCCCCGGCGGGGCGGCCCCCAUGACCUCCAACGACGCCUUGCUCUUCCACGAGAAGUGUGGCACCCUCAUCAAGCUGAGCAACAACAACAAGACGGCCGAACGGCGCCGGCCGCUGGACGAGUUCAACAACGGCGUGGUCAUGACAAACCGCCCGCUGCGGGACAACGAGAUGUUUGAGAUCCGCAUCGAUAAGCUGGUGGACAAGUGGUCGGGCUCCAUUGAGAUCGGGGUCACCACCCACAACCCCAACAACCUGGAGUAUCCGGCCACCAUGACGAACCUGCGUUCAGUACUUCUUGUCAUGCUCCACUCAACCCACGAAGGAACCAUCAUGAUGAGCGGCUGCGGGAUUCUCACCAACGGGAAAGGCACUCGGCGGGAGUAUUGCGAAUUCAGCUUGGACGAGUUGCAGGAAGGGGACCACAUUGGCCUGACCCGGAAGUCCAACAACGCCCUUCACUUCUACAUCAACGGCAUCGACCAAGGCGUCGCGACCACCCUCACCCCCUUGGUGGUCUACGGGGUGGUGGACCUCUACGGCAUGGCUGUGAAAGUGACCAUCGUGCACAAUCACAAUCACAGCGACCGCCUUCGGCGCAACAAUGCGAUCAUGAGGGCCCUCUCGCCCGACGUGGGGCGGCGGGCCAUCGACGCCGGAGGGGCCAACGAGCCCGAGCCGGAGCGCCUCCUCUUCCACCCGAACUGCGGGCAGAAAGCGGCCAUUAUCAAUGAAGGGCGGACGGCCCUGCGGCCUCAUGCCACCGACGACUUUAACCACGGCGUGGUCCUUAGCAACCGGCCGCUGCGGAACGGCGAGGUCUUCCAGGUGAGGAUUGACAAGAUGGUGGACAAAUGGGCCGGCUCCAUCGAGAUUGGCGUCACCACCCACAACCCAACCUACCUGCAGCUGCCGUCCACGAUGACCAACCUGCGGUCAGGUGAGACCAGCAAAACUUCACAUCGCAGACAAAAAAUCUUGGCCAGGUGUUUCCCAAAAUUGCUUGGCGGUUUUAAGGCCUGUGGAUUAAUCUUCAUUAAUCUUCAUACCUUCCCCUCCCCAGAGCAGAGUUGA